UGGCUCGAGUCGUCGAUGUGCGUGACGAUUUGAUUAGUGUUACAUUACAGUACAGAUGAGAUAUGUGAAGAGGAUAAAGAAUGAAUAAGAAAUAGUGAGUGAAUAUGUAUGAUAUAUUAUAAACGAGCCCUCGCAGUAUGAUUGUCCAACAUGGGCAAAGAUGCAACCCACUUGUCCCAGGCGUGAUGCGAAGCAGCGGGCGCAUGCACAUAGGGAGCGCAUCCGUUCUUCUCCAGAAGCUGGUCGAGCAAGGGCAAUGCUCCGCUGAGCGCAUCCGUCUCUGCCGAAAUCGCCGCCUGCCUCGUAAGCAGCCCGUUCUCGACAUACCAGGCCAAAUCGUGCAUGACUGCAGUGGCCUCGUAUAACGCCACCAGCUCUGUCAUGACUGGAGCGUCAAGCGCCGCCUCGUAAGCCAUGCGAUGUCCGAUUGCCACGACAAGCGCCACAGAACGGGGCAAAAGAAGCUGGUUGAAGUUCUCCGAUCGGUGCUUGCUGCCGAAAGACUUGAGAAUGGAAGUCAUCUCCAGCAUCAGUCCCUGCUCGUGACGUGCCAGCAGAGCUUCCGGAUGUCUCGCAGGAGGCAGUGUGUACCUUCCCAUCAACAGCUCGCUCGCUAACCCUAGCAGUCGGUGUCAGCCUCUGAUGUCCCCAAUGCAAGCAAGGACUCACGAAUGCAGAGCACAGUCACGUCGCCCUCUGCGAUGGUCAUUCCGCGGAGCUCCAUCUGUUGAUAAAGAUUAAUGGGUGCCCAUAUCCCAAGCUAGACCGGAGACUAGACCGCACGGACCUCGAGGGCAAUAAGUUGGUUUUCGGUAAACAGUCCCCGGGCACCCAGCCUAUCCGUAAGCGUGAUGCUCGUCUCUCGAUAGUGAUGCACUGUCACAGUCUUGAAAACGUCGGCAAGCCCGUUUCGGAUGUUGAUGACGUCAGUCAAUUUGCUGUUGUCCGCAGCAGAGAAGUACGGCCGAAUCUCUUUGUACAACGCUUCGAGCGCAUCGGCCUGCGCCAGGGCACGGAGAAUGGGAAUCUGUGUCGUGCGGAAACUGAUGAUGGGGACGACCUUCCCGGACGAGUCAGUCACUUUGCGCAGGCGGGCAAAUUGUGUCACGAUUUGCGCCAUCACGCGCAUGGCAGGGAUGCUGAGCGACGAAAUCGUGGCGGAGCCAAUGCCGAGCCGCCAGAUGCUUCGCAGGAAUUGGAUUCGGGGAUGCAGCGAAGCCUGGAAGUCGCCGAUGAAUGCCCACGAGGGGAUAUUCACCCGGUCAAAGUACGUGAUAGCAUGCGCGAUGGGCCGCGUGCCAGAGCGGUGCGGUAACUCACUGUAAUAUGUUCGGUUGCGCGGUCGUUCGUAGGCACCGAUUACGCACCGACAAGAGAUUCCCGGAUACAUGGUUCGUCCGUCGUUGAGAGGGACGGCAAAUGGCCGGAUGCCUCGAUCCUUCCCCUUUACGACGAGGCGUGCCAUGACAAUAGCCACUCUCGGAACUCCAGCAACGGGAAGACUGGAUGGCAUGAAUCUGUAAAGAAUCCACAUUGGCUUCGAUGAGUCGCGUGCAAGAAUCGAAUACGUACUUGGCGGCUCCGGGCGUGGGUGUGUGCACCUCGAAAGUUCCGUCGUCCAGCAAGGUGGCUGUCGUCUCGAUGUUCUGCGAGUCUAGGCCAUGAUCCACCUCCGUCAACAUGUAGUGCGCGCUGAGAGCGACCGUCAAUGCGCAGUAGAAACCAGCAGAGUAAUCACCCACGAGACUUCAAAAGCCAAAAUUUUCCGGCACAGCUCUUUCAAUUCUGGCCGCGACUCGGUGAAUUCGGAGAUCGUCCCGCAUGCAAGGUUAACUUGUAUGGUCCACAACGCGCUAGCUGCCCCAUCUAUCGUGUUGAGCGGAUCCAAGGUGCUCUCCCAGAACUUCUCUGAGCAAGUGAGCACAUCAUGCACCGACAAGUCUGGGGGAAAGGUCAGCCUUGAGAUCCACACAUGACUUCUCGAAGUCCGAGCACACACCAAAGGACGUCGCAAUCACUCUGGCGCGUUCCAGUGUGACUUCCGCGCGGUCCGGGGAAGAAAGGGUAAAGUCGUCUACGGCCCGAGUGAAGAGGUGUGUUUGGGCAAGCGCUGCUUGUUUUUUCGUCGCCAUGGUUGGUGAGGACGCGUCUGUGGCGGGGUUCGUGUGCUCGCCCGUGCGGUGGGCUCUUAAAUAACCGACGACCCAUCACGGAGAAUAUGCUCCAUGAUACGUAUACAGGUCUCCUGCGCGAGCGGCUGGCCCAGCUGAGUUGGGACACACACACGUGUCGGCGAGCAAACCAGCUCAGCUCAACAUCAUUAGAUGAAAAGAAGCUUCGAAUCAUGGGUGGCCAAGGACUGGGCAGGCCUCCGGCGUGGCGAUGCGCAAGAUGCAUGCUCAGUUGGAAAUUCGAGAUGUACAGAUCAGAAGUUGAUGAUAACAGUCACUCUGAAUCGGGAUUGUGCGGCGUUCACGUACAGCGGCCCAAAGGGGUUACAUUCACUCCUCCCCAUCAUCUCGCCCCAAAACCUCGUCGCAUAGCUCGUCAACAGAUGAGAUUCUCUCUAUUUCCGAUGAAGCCGCUGCAUCGAGCCUCGGUCUUUUCAGCUGUCAUCUCCGCUCGGGAUUCUCUCCUCAAAAAAUUGUCCGAUGGCUACUACCACCCCAAAGCCUGACACAUGGGGUGACCUGGUCAGAGUCGCACAGAGUGCAGAGGAUGCACUUGCGUCCAACGACCUCCCACUUGUGUUCGAGAAACUAGGUCCAGACGUCAACAUCUCGUAUUCAACAUCUCCUGCGCACGGUGCAAAUGACCCUCGGGUGGUAGUCCUGUUCGGAUGGAUGGACGCUCCGCACCGGCUGCUCGAGAAAUAUGCUGCGAAGCACCGCAAGCGAUGGCCGGCAGCAGACAUCAUCACCGUGCAAUCGCAUCCGUCCUUCAUAUGGUCUAGUGAGCAGAAGAGGGACGACACACUUGCUCCCAUCGCAGACUUCCUGCUCUCGACAGUCUACCAUUCCAGUCAGGAUGUAAAGCGGGGAAUGCUCAUGCACGUCAUCUCCAAUGGUGGCGCCUUCCAAUUCAUUACCCUGUCUCGGCUGAUGGCUCGGAAGCUGGCAUCCUCCGACUCUAGGCGCACCGUCCGCACGGCGACGAUAUUCGACUCGACGCCCGGUGCGAGCGAGUACACGUCCCUGAUCGCGACCCUGACCACCGACAUCAAGUCCCCCGCAGUCAAAGCGGUAGCCACAGUGCCGCUCACGAUGGCCUACACGGUCAUGCUCGCGCGUCGGCUGCUGCUGGGCCAAGCGAAUCUCUUCUCCGAUCUACACGCCAGCUUGCUCCGCCCGGAGUUGUUCCCGUGCGCAGCGAGUCAUGCGCCGAGAUUGUACAUUUACUCGAGCGAGGACCGGAUGGUCCCGUUCACCUCUGUCGAAGAGCACCUCGUAAAACUGCAGUCGGCAGGGAUCUGCGCCGACGUUUCUGUCGAGAGGUUCAGUGGGUCACAGCACGUCCAACACGAACGACUGGAUCCUGCUCGGUAUUGGAGUGCGGUUGAAAGGAUGUGGGAGCGUAGUGCUCUGGUACGCGUGAAAUUGUGACAGCGCUUUUAUCACGUGUACAUUCUCGCUUCAUAUCACGUGCGUAAUCUCAGAUACCUAGCUAAUCUGCCAUGUAACCUGCAAGCGUGCUUGAAUAAUCGUCAAUUCAUAACGAUGUUUGGUCUCAACGUAGGCCAGUCUCACCCCACACUCAAACUCGCUUUUUGAGCGUAUCGUAUUGUCAGUAGCACCCUAGCACUCUACAAUGGCGAGAUAGGUUGAGACCUCUAGCAUUAAGAAAUCACAUCACUCCGUGUGCAGGAAGGUGAAAGGUUCAAUCUGCUUUCCUCUUGAACAGAUAGUGGCCCACUCCCCACUGCUGUCCACCAUCGUAGUUGAACAGCUCUGAGCAAG